AUGGACAUCCGGGCAGACCAGGCCUCCGUCGCCCUUGUCAGGAAGAGGGCAGAUACCGAGUUGAUGCCCGCACCGCCGCCGGUCAAGCAGAUCAAGAGGCCCAAGAAGGUGCUCGAUGAAGAACUAUACACCGAUACUCUCUCACAGAUUAUUACCAGAGAUUUUUUCCCUGGCCUGCUGGAAACCGAAAUCCAGCAAGAAUAUCUCGAUGCUCUCGAGUCCAAGGAUGCCGCCUGGAUAUCCAGCGCAAGGCGGAGAUUGCAAAAUGUCAUGACAACGGGACGGCACAAGAGACCAUCAACAUCCCAACCAUUCAACGAUGGCGGCCGUACUCCUACCACCUUUGUAGGAGAAACGCCGGCAUCGUUGGCAUCCGCCGUGACCCAAGUACGCCCCAGACUCGACGCCAACAUGAGUCUUUCCAAAUUUCAAGCGACAUAUACCAGUGAAGACAAUGAAAGCUUUUAUAAAUUGGUCGACAAGCAGAAUCAAAAAAAGGCUGACAAAUAUGCCUGGUUGUGGCGAGAAAACAAGCUGCCCUCCAAAAUGAUGAUAAAGCAGAAGGAGGUUACAGACAGGCUGGCGCAGACCCAUAGUCUGGUGGACGACGGCUUCAAACGCGACAGACUUGCCAUCAAGGACCGUGAAGACCGACCAGCUAGACCAGAUGCCUGGAAUGCAGCACCCCAAAAUGGGCUCAUGUUUGAACCGAAAGGUCUCGAGGACGGCGUAGUAACCAUGGCCCAGCAAGCCGACGAUGCUUCUCGAAUGGGUCCCAGAGCCAUCUUGUACGCCAACACCCGGGCCCCCCGAACCUAUGCGCCUGAGCGACCGCCGUCCCCUACCAUGUCCUCUGUGAGGGAUGCCAUUGCAGGAAAGCCUCGCCCAGUCGACCAAGAUUCAAGCGUUGUCGGUGGCGGUGAGACUCCGAGGGUAAAUGGCUACUCUUUUGUCGACGAUGAGGAUGACGACGGACCGGACACCUCUGCAGCAGAAACUACCAUUAAUUUGGGACCAGGCGACUCUCAUAAUCCGUUUAAGCUUCAAGAGCAGAGGAAAAGAGAGCUUCUUCACGAACGCAUGGUCGAUCGAAUCUCCAAAUCCAACAAGGAAUCAUCGCGAUACGGCUUCACCGGCAAAGACACGACGCCACAAGUUCCCAAGUUUCCUAGCAGUCCCAGAGUGCCGGGAGACCUGACUCCUGCCGCUAAAAGAUUGUGGAGCAAGAUGGCCACUCCAGGCAACAAGACGCCUGGAAGUGCCUUUGGGCCGUCUACUCCUCUUAAACCAAGAGGAUCACUCUUAAGAAGCGUCGGUCGGCCCGGCACCAAGAAGGAAUAG